AUGGAGCUGGUGAAGGGUCUGCAGCACAAGUAUGAUGAGGAUUGGGUGAGGAAGCUGGGAGUGUUUAGCCUGGAGAAAAGGAGACUCCGAGAGGACCUCAUUGCUUUCUACAACUACCUGAAAGGAAAGUGUAAUGAGAUGGGGGUCGACCUCUUCUGCCAUGUCUCAAAAAACAAAGAAGUGAACAAGACAAGUGGACAACUUUAUGAUGGUAUCCCCCAGGAUCCAGUGAAAAGAGGGGAAUCAGAGUUUGAUUCCUUCAGGCAAUCACUACUGAUUUUUGAAAAAAAGGAGGAAAUUAGCACAGAAUCAUCAGCACCUCCUCUGACUCCCUCUGGUCCAGAGGAAGAAGCUAGAGUGGAGGAAAAUAACGGCAAAUGUCCAGCUGUUGUCACACCACUGCCUGAACAGUCCAAAACAAAAAAAGAAAUGGCAUUAGAACCUCUGAUGGCUCCCCCUCUUCCUGAAGAAGAGACCGAAGAAGAGGCUAAAGAUGUGGAAGAUACAAAGGAGCCACCAGAAGCAGCUGAGUAUGGGAGAAGGGUUAUAAAGGACAGGUCAAUCCCAGCCUUUCACGCUGCUGUCUUUCCACCAAGCAGAAAACCAGCAUUUGAAUCUUCUCUGGUUCCACGUGUUCCUGAAGGAAAGGUUGAAGAGGAGGAAUAUGAGGACAACUCUCCACCUGUUGUCAGACCAUGGCAUGAAUAUUCCAAGCCGAUCUACACAGGUUCUGCCAUUGAAGCUGCUGCUGCUGCAGCAGCACUGCCUGAAGAAGCCUCCGCUCCCCAUCCUGAAAACUCAGGCACAGACAGUUUGUCCAGCAGCACAGACUGGGAGCCAGAGAUGACAGAGGAGGAGAGCCUAAAGCAACUGAGGGGCACUGUGAGCAUCGGAAAUCCAAUGAAGAAAUACACUGGAUGGGAAAACAUUGGCCAAGGGGGUUUUGGAACCGUUUAUAAAGCCCUCGACACUGCCACAGGAGGACAGGUGGCCAUAAAGAAAAUCAAUCUCCUACAACAGAGCACCAGGGAACUGUUGAAAGAGAUCCGGAUCAUGAGGGACAAGAAGAACCCCAAUAUUGUUACCUAUUUAGACAGCUACCUUGUCAAUACGGAACUCUGGCUGGUGAUGGAGUACAUGGACGGACACUCUUUGACUGAUGUCAUUAGCGAGACCAGGAUGGGUGAAGAACAGAUAGCAGCUGUGUGUAGGGAGUGCCUGCAAGGAUUGGCUUUCCUUCACGCCAACCAGGUGAUCCACAGAGACAUCAAAAGUGACAACAUACUCCUGGGCCUGGAUGGCUCUGUCAAGCUGGCUGAUUUUGGCCUCUGUGCUCAGCUCACCGCUGAGCAGAGUAAACGGAGCUCGAUGGUCGGGACUGUUCAAUGGAUGGCACCAGAGGUUGUGAGAUGCCAACCAUACGGCCCCAAAGCGGACAUCUGGUCACUUGGCAUCGUAGGAAUAGAAAUGGUGGAAGGAGAACCUCCUUACUUUCAAGAAACUGCUUUCAUGGCUCGCCACCUGAUAGCCACACGAGGGACACCAAAGCUGCAGAACUCCUGGCUACACUCCUUCCUCUUGCGUCACUUUCUGGACUGCUGCCUGCAGACAGACGAGGACAAGCGAGACUCUGCCGAGGAACUCCUGCAGCAUCCAUUUUUAAAAUCAGCCACACCUCUCUCCUCUCUGGCAUCUCUGAUCAUGGCAGUGAAGCAGUGGAGGAAGUAA